CAAUUCUGUUCAGUACCUCUACGCGUUGUUGAGCAUUAGUUGAAGCAGCUUGGGACAUAAUCAGGUUUAACUGAUGCGCAUAGCAAUGCACAUAGUGAGCAAACGGAUAUCUUUGUUUAAUUUUUGUCCGUACUCCAGCAUUAUGUCCGCUCAUUACCGCGGCUCCAUCAUAACUUUGUGAAAUCUGCUUGUUAGGGAAAUU